AUGGCAACACCAACUGACAACAAGACGGCAGCGGCGCUGCCGUUAUCCGAGACUAGCGAUGCGGCGCCGCCACACGCCGCCAAGAGGAUCUGGUACCGCACCACACUCUUCAACGCCUUCGUCAUCGGCGCCGUCGGCUUCCUGGCGCCGGGCCUAUGGAACGCCAUGAACGCGCUCGGCGCCGGCGGCGGGCAGGAGCCGUUCCUCGUCAACGCCGCCAACGCGCUCGUCUUCGCCCUCAUGGGCUUCCUCGCCGUCUUUGGCGGCCCCGUCGCGAACCGCAUCGGCUUCGCGCGCACGCUCUUCCUCGGCGCCGUCGGCUACCCCGUCUACUCGGCCGGCCUGUACGCCAACAACCGCUUCGGCAACGUCUGGCUGGUGCUCGUCGGCGCCGCGCUCUGCGGCGUCUCGGCCGGGCUCUUCUGGGCGGCGGAGGGCGCGGUGGCGCUCGGGUACCCGGAGCCGGCGCGGCGCGGGCGCUACCUCAACAUCUGGCUGUGGUUCCGCACGGGCGGGCCGCUGGUGGGCGGGCUGAUCGUGCUGAUACUGAACCACAGCGCGGGGGCGAAGCGCAAGGGGAGCGUGAACCCGAGCACGUACCUCAUCUUCAUCGCGCUGCAGUGCGUCGCGGCGCCGAUCGCGCUGCUGCUGACCAGGCCGGAAAAGGUGCAGCGCGGAGACGGCAGCAAGGUGAUCGUCGAUGCGGAGAGGAGCUUCAAGUACGAGUUCGGGUGCUUGUGGAGGCUCUCCAAGCGCAGGGACAUCCUGCUCCUGCUCCCCGUGUUCUGGGCCGCGUACUUCAACCAGUACUCGGGCAACUUCCAGACCUACUACUUUGGCGUGCGGGCGCGGGCCCUGAUCGGCUUCGUCAGCAACUUCAGCACGCUCUUCUCGUCGCAGGUGAUGAGCAUGUUUCUCGACUGGACGCGGUUCCCGGUCAAGCGCCGCCUGGAAAUCUCAUUCUGGUACAUCGUCGUCUGCCACGUGGUCGCUUGGGUGUACGCCUGGGUGGUUCAGGAAAAGUACACCGCGAACCCGCCUGCGCUGGACUGGGCGGACGCUGGCUUUGCAGAGGGCUUCUUCGUUCUCGUGUUAUGGGAGUGGUCGCGCCAGUCGCUGCAGACCUGGAUGUACUACUUCAUCGCCACAAAGAGCGACAGCGUCUCGGAGCUCAGCCGUCUGUCUGGCAUCUUGCGAGGGCAGGAGUCGUUUGCGCAGGCUGUCAGUUUCGGCCUCAACACGCGAAAAUGGCACGGUGGCAGGGUACCCCUGGCUGUCAACACCAUUCUGCUAGGUAUCGCAUCAGUGCCAACGUACAUUGCACUGAGAGAAAAUGUUCCUCUGGUGAAGGGGGAAGAGUCUGGAGACUCAAGCGAUGAGACGGUGACUCUGGAAAAUGUCGCGAUCGGUCGCGACAAGGCGCAGAACCCUGUCUAG